AGAACCACCAUCGUCAUUUCUGCAGUGAACAGCGCGUGUCGAUCGAUUGAUCCAGCCUUUGUGCAAGCAUUCUAUCACCUGGUUAUGUCUCACUAGGUGGAUGACUCAUUUUCGCCUUGUGGCAGUUUGAGCAGGUGUACGGACACGCAGCGCUUUGCGGUGGUCCUCCUAGAGCGUCCCGACACUGAAGCUCCACGACCAUAAUACGGUCUUGCUUGCACGGAACGCUCGUCCGUCAUGGAGGACUUGAGUGGUCUGAGCUGGACUCCCGGCUCGAACGAAGCAACGAAACCGCCCCCGAUGACUUCCAGUUCUCUCUUCUCGACCAUGCGGUCAACUCCCCUCUCCGGACGUUCUACUCCACUCUCUGGGCCCUCUGGUCCCUCCGGCCCCUCAAAUCCACCUUCUAAGCCUACUACGCCUGCAAACGAUAGCUUCGCCAAUCUCGUCUCUUUCAACGCCUCCAACCCUGACAAGAACCUUUCUCUAGCGGAGCGUCAGAAGCGGUUGCAAGAAGAAAGAGCAAAACAGGAAGCAGAGAAGAGACAACGCUGGGAGGCACAAUAUGGCGGGAAUAACGCGCGAUUUUGGGAUAGUCUUGGACAAGGUGAAGGCAGUCCAGCAACUGUCGGAGCUCCCCAGCCAAGUGCACCACCGAAGAUACAACCGACUGAGGAAGAUGAAGACGAUAUCCUUGCUGCCUUCAAGGCCUCUGCGCCUGUAGAUGCGUCGACCAACUUUCCAAUUCCUAGUUCUACGUCGUCACCAGCACCAGUAUCGAUGACUCCCGCUUCCGGUUUCGCUCCAACAGCUCAGAACGACAAUAUGUCUUUUCUCGACGACGACGAUCCAUUCGGUCUUGGACAGAUGAGCUCAAAGCCAGCUGCUACACCAAAGUCGACGACACAAGAAACCACGGAUACAGACGAUGAUUUCCUAGGAGACCUUGCCAAGCCCGUAUCGGAGUUUUCGUCCAUACAGGCACAUCGGAGUUCAAGCCAAACGCCUGUUAAGGAGGAGACCAAGGAUAUCCCGAAGCCCGCGGAUGGUGUCGACCGAGCUGUGGCGGAGCUGGUGGAUAUGGGAUUCCCGGCAGAGAAAGCACGCCAAGCCUUGAGCAGUACCGACUCUGGUAUGGAUGUCCAGGCAGCAGUCGGCUGGCUUCUAAACCAAGCUCACGCCGAAUCGCGAGAGAAGGCUAGAGCCAGAGAUGGUGGAGCGAGCUCUUUUGAUCAGCGCGAACGGGGCAGGGAUCGGAGUCAACGACGAGGCCAUGACGAGCCAGCUUGGUCAAGAGGCAGCGACAGAUCUGAUUUCUCAGGAACGCGCGAUGAUCGCCGAAGCCCUGCGACAGCAGAAAGGGAUGCUGCGCACAUAGCGGCUAAUUUUGGCAACAGCCUUUUCAAGACCGCGAAUUCUCUUUGGAAAACUGGAAGCAAGAAGUUCCAACAGGCUGUUCAAGAACUCAACUCCGAUCAUGAUCCAAAUCAACCCCGAUGGAUGAGAGAUGCAUCUGUCGCAGGGGAGCAUCGACGUUCGUCGCCUCGGCCUCGAGCGGAUCAUCUUGACGGCAGUAGAGCGCAACGCGAAGCCCAGCCAGAAGUUGAUCGCAGUCGCCCAGAACAGUUCACUGACGAGGCACUCCUUCUAGAAGCAAGCGAAGGCCCACCUACUCGCCAUCGUACACGUCCUAAGGCUGAUGCUCAACCGGUUCGGGAAAGUCACGAGCUCCCUUUGAACUCGAAGAAUCCUUUCAGUCACCCGGAAAGACGUGCCCCUCAGCCUGCUUUCGCACAACAACGGCCUCAGGCAAGUGAUAGUAGAUCUCGUCUGAGCCGUGCUGCCGUGGAGGAACAAUCAACUCAGGCGUAUAUCAGUCCUGCCAGAAGAAGACGUCCUGCCACAGAACAACAGGCCUCUAGUCCCAAUGUUGAUCUGUUCGAUAGUCCUGGUCCAUCCCAGGUUCCUCGCCCACAAGGAUCAGCUGCAACCCCUCCCAUCCAAGCUUCACGUCCCUCGAAGCCAUCAGCGCCGCUCCCCGCGAAGCCAAAAGCUCCUCCCCGAUCAAUACCCCAGGUAUCCUCUUCGGUGCUCAUGUCCUCACAUCAGUAUCGCCAAAAGGGGACGGAGGCUUUUAAGCGUGGUGACUAUGCUGCCGCACAUGAGGCGUUUGCCGCAGCUGUGUCAGGUCUUCCGGAUAAGCACCCGGUUACCAUUGUCCUUCUCAGCAACCGCGCUAUGACUGCUUUGAAAAUUGGAGAACCUAAAUCUGCUAUUGAUGACGCAGAUACGAUCCUAUCCAUAAUAGGCCCAUCGAAAGGAGAAGCGGAAUCAAUAGAUAUGGGCAAUGGCGAGCCAAGCAAGCCUAUGAGGGACUUCUACGGAAAGGCACUGAUGCGCAAGGCCGAGGCACUAGAACAGCUCGAGCGUUGGGAAGAUGCAGCCAGAGUAUGGAAACAGGCUGUUGAGACAGGUCAUGGAGGCAGCACCAGUAUCCAAGGCCGUAACAGGUGCGAAAAAGCGGCUGGUAUCAGCAAGCCUACUCCUAGACCUGCUUCGCGGCCAGUUCAGCCAAAGAAACCGGCCUCUAGGCCCUCUGCUCUCAGUGACCUCGCAGGGCCAUCGACCACCGCAGCAGCUUCUGGUGAAGCAGUUACACGCUUACGAGCAGCUAACGCAGAGGCUGAUCGUGCUGAUGAAGAGAAGCUCGCUCUUACGGACAGUGUCGAUGCGAAAAUCGCGGCAUGGAAGGGCGGAAAACAAGAUAACCUGCGUGCUCUACUGGGCAGCCUCGACAAUGUCCUGUGGCCAGAAGCUGGCUGGAAGAAAGUCAACCUGUCCGAGUUGGUCCUGCCGAAUAAAGUCAAGAUACAGUACAUGAAAGGUAUUGCAAAGGUGCAUCCUGACAAGAUUCCUACCAGCGCAACAAUAGAGCAACGUAUGAUCGCCGGCGCCGUCUUCAGCGCGCUCAAUGAAGCGUGGGACAAAUUCAAGAAAGAGAACAACCUUUGAUCUACGCUGCAU